AUGAAGGCACCAGUUAUUCACAAUCUGCCAAAUUCUACCAGUUUGUCGGAGGAUGUGAACACCAAUACCUUAUUACAUACAUUGAAUGUGACAGACACCGAGGGUGACAACAUAACCUGUUUACUGACGACAAAUAGUUCAUUAUUUGCAGUGUCCUUGAUUCCACCUUUCAAUACAGAUUACGGAAUCUACCUGACAGGAGGGACAAUACUAGAUUACGAUACAACUCCUUCUUUCAUAUUGCCAGUGGAAUGCAACGAUUUUAGACAAAACGAUACAGAGAUUUUUACAGUAAAUCUAAUACGAAAUACACCACCAAUUUUGAAUAGUUUACCGAGCAGUACAAACGUUUCAGAAGAUAUUAUUUCUAAAACUCUCUUACACACAUUGAAUGUAACAGAUGAAAAUGAUAAUGUGACAUGUGUUCUAAAUACACACACAGACAAGUUCACACUGGAAACGAUUUCACCAUCUUUAGUUGACUACGCAAUAUAUCUUCGAGAAGGAAUAAUACUUAAUUAUGCUAUAACACAAAGCUACUUAGUAGUUGUAGAAUGCGGUGAUCAUCGUAGGAAUGUAUCUGAUAUACUGACUGUUUACAUAAUCAAUCCAAAUGAGGCACCAGUAAUACAUAAUCUGCCAGAUUCUGUGAGUUUUCUAGAGGACGUGAACAACAAUAUCCUGUUACACACCUUGAAUGUGACAGAUGUUGAGGGAGACAAUAUAACAUGUGUACUAAAUCCGAACAGUUCAUUAUUUGAUAUACAAGUUAUUCCACAGAACUAUAACGCUAACACAAACAUUUCAUCACAGGCUACAGUUGGACAGGUUAUAUAUACUGUACUUGGUACUGAUCCAGAGAACGACCACUUACUUUUCAGUUUGUCGUCUACAAAUGCAAAUGAACCGUUUCAAAUCAACCAAUUGACUGGUGCUGUAUGGUUAUCUCGUCCAAUACAAACUGAAACUGUACCAGGAUAUGAAUUACAAAUCAAUAUAACAGACGGCAUGAAUGUGGUGGGACCUAAAACACUAUCAGUAAGAGUAACAGAUGUUAAUUCCAUACCUACUUUAGUUAACUUACCAACAACAAUAAAUGUUCUGGAAGGCAUUAGUGUGGGGACCACAAUAUUUCAGCCUAUGAUACAAGACAUGGAUAGUUCUGAUAUUCAUAUAUUAUCUGUGUCGUAUAUUCCACAAGACGGUGACAUAUAUUUUCAUGUGAAUGAUACAAGUAGAUGGGUGUCAACUGUAGCUGAUAUUGAUUAUGAAACGAUAUCACCCAAAAGCUUUUUGUUGAUGAUUAGUGUCAAGGAUUCGCUAACAGAAAGCAUUGAAAACCUAACUAUCAACAUUGUUAAUGUGAACGAACCACUACAUUUCUCAAAGAAAUAUUACGCGAUUGAUUCAUAUGAAAACACAGCCGGAUUUGUACUGCAGAACCCCUAUUACCAGUAUGCUGACGAUGAUGGAGAUGCUGUGCAGUUUUCUUUGAAUUGUGGAUCUGACACUGGCAAGUUAGAUAUAGAUUCAACAACAGGCCUUUUGUCGUAUUCAGCUGAUUAUGAUCUUGACAUAGUUGGUACAUCUGCACAGCUUCAAUGUGAUGUGUACAUUACUGAUAAUGAAUUUACGGACAAUGCAUUCCUGAAUAUAACUAUACAUGAUGACAACGAUAACUCACCAAAAUUUUCCCACAAUGAAUAUCUAUUUCUGGUGCAACAUACUGCAAGUGACGGUGCUUUUGUUGGUCAAGUUGAAGCUUCAGAUAAAGACAUUGGUCCCUAUGGUACUUUUUUUUACCAUGUGAAACAAGACAAUUUAAACGCUAGUAUAUUUGUAGUGUCUGAUAAUGGUACAAUAAAACUAAACAACACAUUGAGUGAUUAUCAAGAGGGAUCGUUAAUAACAUUCAAAAUCUUCUGUGUUGAUACUGGUGGUAAACAGGAUAAAACGUCAGUCAAAAUACUAAUUCCUACAACAACAAAAGUGGCACCAGUAGUUGUUGUUCAAAGUAAAAUAUUUUACUACACUUUCUUCAAACAUGCUUCAAACAUGGCUUGGUUUGUUCCUUCGAUAGUUGCAAUUUUUUGCUCAGUCUUUGUUGUUAUCCACACAAUAUACUCCUUCAGAAACAUGUGCAUGUGUGAAAAAUCAAAACGGUUACAAGAGGAAAUGGAGUACAACAUAGCCGAUUUCUAGUACGCAUCAAAGUUUCUGUUAUCAUUAAACACUCGUAAUAAAUGGGACCAUGGUCAAAACAUAGGAGAGUGGUCAUACCUUUCAUUUACUAGAAUUGAUAAAUUUAUAAAGAUGCAGAACCUGCUUCCAAAGAUUAACAUGAAUGAAAGACC